GGGGAAUAUCAGGUGUCACUUCUACGCUCGAAGAGUUCGAGAUGAAUCGGCUAUCUUUCAAUUCACGGCUCAAGAAGAAAUGAAGGUGGCAGCCGAGAUGAGGGCCGCUCCAGUCGAAGAUGAGGCUGGCAAGCAACAAUCUGGUGACGCUGCCAAGAAGAAGUCUGACCCUAAUGCUUCCAAGAAGGCCACUGAUGUCGUUGCGCCCGGUCCGACGGCCCAAAAAGCCUGGCGGAAGCGGGAUGAAAGCCAUAAGAAGAGCAUCUCCAAUAGGGUAGUGGAUUGGAGUAAAGUCUAUCCUACGUGGCAUAGGAGGGAGAUAGAGAUAGGAUGAUUAUUUUAAUUUAAUAUGGAGAAAGUGUUGUGUAUGGAAAAAUGAAAAGGAAGAGAGAUAGGAGUAAAUUGUAGACAAUGUCUAUGACAAUGUCUAUAAAUAGACAUUACACAGGAAUCGAGGAGAAAAAGUGGAUGAAAAGUGGGUUAGAAGUGAUAUAAAAAUGAAAAUGAAAAUAAUUAAGGAGAUAUGCAGGUCCUACACAUAAAAUUUGUGAGAUAAAAAAUGGGACCCAAUUGUAAGCUAGAGUGCGUAAGAAAAUAGACAUCCCCAUUGAAGAUGCUCAAAGGCCGCCCAGAGCCGGUGAUAGGGGGAGUUACCCUAGGCAAGUGCCUAGGGCCUCCAUAUUUUUUUAGGGCCUCUAAUUUUAGAAAUGCUAUUUAUUUAUAUAUAUGUAUGUUUUAUUUGAGAGAGAUCAUUUUGUAUUUUUUGUGUGAUUCCCACUGCAUUCUUAAACGAGAAGGCACCAAUUCUUUUAUAGUGUCAUCCAUCAUUAAACUAUAAAUAAAUUUAAACACAAAUUUAAA